AUGGACAUCUCUGCUGAUCUCAUCGAGCUCGGUCGGUGUCCCGUCACAGUCGUAUCGGCAGGCAUCAAAUCCAUCCUCGACAUUGGUCGCUCGCUCGAAGUACUCGAGACGCAAGGUGUCGCGGUCGCCACACUGGGCUCUUCUGCUGCCUUUCCGGCCUUCUACUCGCCCACGAGUGGCUUCAACUCGCCUCUCCGCUUCGAUACUGUGCAAGACUGCGCUCGAGCAAUGCAAGCUGCCAGAGCUCUCAGGUUGGAAUCAGGCAUGCUUCUCGCUGUGCCCAUUCCUGAGCCGCAUGCCAGCCGAGCGGCACCCCUUCAGGCAGCAGUAGAGCAAGCUAUAGCCGAGAGCGAAGCGUCAGGAAUAGCUAGCAGCGGUAAAGAAGUCACACCUUGGCUACUCGGCCGUGUGAACGAAUUGACACAGGGCCGAUCUGUCGAGAGUAAUGUGGCUCUCAUCGAGAACAAUGUCACAGUAGCUGCUCAGCUCGCGAGAACCUAUAGCGCUCUACUUGACCCUCCAGCACCUUCGCAGCCCCCCAUCUCUGAGAGACCGAAAGAAAUUUCAGACGCUAACAAAGUCAGGGGAACAAUUGCAGUCAUUGGCUGCAUGGCUUUGGACAUCACAAGCGUCAUGCCAGCUUCAGCGCUCGUCAAGACGACAUAUGCUGGCACUGUCAAAUUUUCGUUGGGAGGCGUGGCACGCAAUGUCGCCGAAGCGGCCCACAAAUUACUGCCAGGCGCGAAUGUCGCACUCGUCGCACCGGUCAAUGCGAACUUUGCCUCCCGUUAUGCGAUCGAAGCUAUAGAGCAGCUGGGCAUGCGAAGAGAUGCUCUGUUGCCGUUGCAGACGAGCAGAGGCGUGGGCGUGGCGAACCUACUGCUCGACUCGCAGGGUCUUCUGCAAGCUGGCGUGGUCGAUAUGACCUCUGUCGAGCAAGUCACGGCUGAAGAGAUCAAGAGCAAAUUGAACGACGUUAUCGACAUGUCGAAGCGCUCGAUAGCAAUUUUCGAUGCAAAUCUGCGGCCUGAAGUCAUUGCUUCCGUGCUAGCAUAUUGUCACGAAAGAGGCGUGGCAACGCUCUUCGAGCCUACAUCGCUCGACAAAGCAUCCCGGAUAUGUCAUACCUUCCAGACGCAGCGGCAACCCAGGUUGUCGAUGAUGACGCCAAAUGCAAUCGAGUUGCGCAGAAUGUACGAUACCUGCAGGAAAGUGCAGCUCGACCAAGAAGACAGAUGGUUUGCUUCGAUCGAUCUGCUGGGCAUCGACUCAGACUUUCGCGCCAAAUUAGACAGGCGUAUGCCUCGUUGGAUGCUCGAUCAAGGCAUACCCCAGCAGGCGAUCUUUAUGCUCGCUUUCGUCGAUACGCUCCUCGUCAAAUGCGGCUCUCAAGGAUUUCUGGUCGCCCAUCGACUGAACGGACCUCAAGGCGCGAAAGAGGACAAGCACAGCGUGAUCAAUGAGCACCUGAUGAUGCAAUACUUCCCGGCUGUCCCUGCCGAGAUAGUGAACGAUACCGGCGCGGGCGAUUCGAUGGCGGGCGCGUGGGCUGCAGCUUAUGUUCAGAAUGGCUUUGCAUCCGCCGACGCCGUGCGCAAAGCGGCCCUGUAUGCCCAGAGGGCGGCGAUUGCAAGCCUGCAGAGCGAAGUGGCAGGCCUCAGGCUCAGUCUGAUGAGAUUCUAUGACAUCGGAUCCAAUCUCUCCGAUCCUGUCUUUCGUGGAAUUGUGCGUGGCAAGCGAGCGCACCAAGAUGAUCUGUCGCACGUCAUGUCCAGAGCGGCAGCAGCUGGUGUCCGAGGUCAGAUGCUCACCGGCGACAGCUUGGAAGGGUCGAGAGAAGCGGUAGACCUGGUCAAGAAGCUCAGCAAGUCAAGUGACAUGCAGCUCUCUGCUACCGUGGGCUGCCAUCCCUGUCGGGCUACAGAGCCCUACAAGCAUGCUAGAGGGCCUGACGGCUACUUCGACGAUCUGCGAGCACUCAUAGAAGCAGACAUUGCCGCUCGCAAACAGGGUCAACCUAGACGAGUGGCUGCAGUGGGCGAAUGUGGCUUAGACUACGAUCGACUGGAGCAUGCCGAGCGCGCAGCACAGCUCGACAUGUUUCCGCGACACUUUGCGCUUGCACGGGAGUUCAAGCUGCCGUUGUUCCUGCACUCGCGAACGAGCGAGGCUCAUGUUGAUUUUGUGCGCAUACUCAAUCAGUCAGGCGACGCCCAUCAGCUUCCUGGCGUCGUGCACUCUUUCACAGGCACGGUAGCUGAGGCCAAAGAGCUGAUCGAUCUGGGUCUGUACAUCGGUGUCAACGGCUGCUCGCUCAAGACGGCGGAGAACCUCGAAGUGGUCAAGUCAUUGCCACUCGACAAGCUGCUACUCGAGACUGACGCGCCAUGGUGCUCCAUCACCUCGACAUCCGUUGCUACACCUCUUCUUGACGAUUUUCCAGCGGGUAUGGCCCCUAUCUGGCGACCUUCAUCCGUGAAGAAGGAGAGAUGGGCAGCUGACAAGAUGGUCAAAGGGCGCAACGAGCCUUGUACGAUUGGCCAGGUAGCCCAUGUCGUUGCCAAGCUGCACAGUGUACCACUCGACGUGCUAGCUGAGCAAGUCUGGCGCAACACUCAGGCUCUAUUGCAUCCGAGCGAGUCUGUUUGA